AAACUCGGCGCCCGAGUUUUUAGGCAACAUCUUCAAUAUACCUAUUUCAACUUCUCGUCUAUCAAGACAAGCAGGGGCCAUUUCCGAAGUUCUGCGCAGAAAAAAAAUAGUUAAAUCGUCCAGCGGCAAAAAAAGAUGAGGAGAGAAUUUGUGUUGUGACUGACAGCGGCCGCAAGCGGGCCUUUCCCACAAAACUUCUUCCCUCAGAAAAGCCCGCCCAGGGCCGCCCGCGCCUGCUGAGGAGACGCCAACAUGCACCGUCGCGCGUUCUUAGGAUUUCGGGCCACCGCCGUCUCCUGGCUGUGGACGGGGAACAACUGUAGCUGCAGGCGCCGUUGUAGCAGCGAACCAGGCGCUCCUCAGCCGCGCUCGGUGCGGAUCGGCUGCGCCUCAGGCUUCUGGGGAGACACGGCGGCAGCAGUUCCUCAAAUGCUCUACAGGGGAAAGCUGGAUUUCCUGGUUUUUGAUUACCUUUCUGAAAUUACAAUGUCUUUACUAGCUAGGGCCAAAGCCAAAUCUCCAGAUUUGGGAUACGUUCCUGAUUUUGUAUCAAUUGCAAUGGCUCCUUAUAUAAAGGACAUUUGCAGGAAAGGUGUUCGUGUUAUUAGUAAUGCUGGUGGUAUGAAUCCACUUGGGUGUGCUGCUGCUCUUCACCAAGUUGCCAGAAAUGCUAAUGUUGACUUGAAGAUAGCUGUUAUUACUGGUGAUGAUUUGAUGGGAGAGUUAAACAAUAUAAGAAACACCAUCAUAAAAGAGGAGAAUGGGAAACUAUUUCCAGAAAAUGUUCAGAGCAUGAAUGCGUAUUUAGGCGCAACACCAAUCAGCAGAGCUCUUGAUCAAGGAGCAGAUAUUGUGGUGAUUGGAAGAUGUGUUGAUAGCAGCCUUGUGUUGGGACCACUCAUUCAUUCUUUUGGAUGGACUAGAGAUGAAUUCAGCCUAUUAGCAGCGGGAAGUCUUGCAGGUCAUCUGAUUGAAUGUGGGGCUCAAUGUACAGGUGGAAUAUUCACUGACUGGCAUACUGUGCCCAACUGGCAUAACAUCGGUUUCCCCAUAGUAGAAGUUUCUUGUGAUGGAAGUUUUACUGUAUCUAAAGCACCUGACACAGGAGGCCUGGUGACUUUUGGCACUGUGGCAGAACAAUUGGUAUAUGAAAUUGAUAAUCCUAAAGCAUAUCUCUUACCAGAUGUCACAUGUGAUUUUUCUCAAGUCUCCCUUACUGAAAUUGCAGGCAUUGAUGGUGCCGUAGUGAAAGUUCAAGGAGCCAGAGGAUUGCCUCCUUCACAAUUUUACAAGGUAAAUGCCACUUAUCUUGAUGGAUUCAGAGCAACAGCCUGCUGCCCAAUGGGAGGACCAAGAGCAAUAGAAAAGGGAAAAAGAAUGUCUGAAAGUAUUUUGGAAAGGACACGGAUUAUGUUUCAUCAGCAGGGAUAUCAGGACUACAGUGCAGUUAACCUACAGAUUUUAGGUUCUGAAGAAACAUAUGGACCUCAUGCAAAGCAGAACAUAGACGGUGGUCCCAGAGAAAUUGUUAUUUGGCUUGCUGUAUUUCAUAAACAGAAAGAAGCAUUAGAAAUCUUUUCCAGAGAGAUUGCUCCAGCUGGAACAGGAAUGGCACCUGGAGUCACUGCAAUUAUUGGAGGACGUCCAAAAAUAACUCCUGUUUUCAAACCAUUUUUCUUCCUAUAUCCAAAGAAGUAUAUCAAGAUCAAUAUAUUUAUGAAUGGACAACAUGUUGAAACAUUUCAGGAAGAUAUUUCAUUCACUUCAGAUCUAACUGCUUCACAUGAUGAGCCUCAGUCUGAAGAAGAUUUCAAAGAUCUACCAAGUGGUCCUCAUGUAUAUCGUCUGGAAGAUCUUGCUUAUACAAGAAGUGGAGACAAAGGCAACACAGCAAAUAUAGGUGUCAUAGCACGCCAUCCCCUUUACUACCCAUACCUCAAGAAAACAUUAACUGCUUUGGCUGUAGAAGAUUAUUUCCAUCAUCUUUUAGAAAGAGAACGGCCUGAAGAAAUCUUGGUAUCACGAUAUGACUUGCCAGGAAUAUGUGGAUUAAAUUUUGUUCUAAAAAACUCUCUUGGUGGUGGUGGCACAGCAUCUCUGAGAAGUGACCCACAAGGCAAAGCACUUGGACAAAUGCUACUCGACUUCAAGAUUAAAAAUGUUCCAGAUUUAAAAUCUUUGACAGAAUAACAUUAUUAUUUUUAUUCCAUUUUGAAAUUGCAAUAUUUUAAAUAAAUUUUAAAAACCA